CAGCGCUCUUAUGUUUUGUGUGUAUGCUGCGUUGAUUUCAAGAGAAUCCCAUGAGUCAAUCGAUUGCACAUUCAACCGGCAGUCGAACCGAAUUGCAUUGCGAAAUAGAUGGCGAUAGUCGAGGCUGGGAGCUCCAAGUGAAAUGCCGAGAGAUUUGAGUUGUCCCAACUGCGAUUCGCAGUCCAUGGUGUACAAACGUCGCCUGGCCAUCUCGCGAUUCAAGAAGUUCAAAAUGGAUUUCUGUGCCCUGUGCUGCGGUCGUCGCUAUUGUGGAGUCGGCAUCUAUGACACCUGCCACAAAUGCAGUUCCUGUGGCUGGAAAGGCAAUCCUGACCGAUCUCACUAAGAUGUCAUACUCUCUCAUAUACUUAUCUCAUUCAUAAAUAAAA